AUUUAAAUCUUUAAAAAACCACGAAACAUAUUCACACAAAGAGGUAAAUCAGGGUUGCCCCUCUUCUGGGUGGGUCAUAAAAACAAUGAAGACCUCCAACGAUUUUGCUCAAUUUUUUAUAUGUUGUGAUACAAGUAUCGAAGUGUCAUCCCCGUGAAUUUCAUGAAAGAGGCAUGCCUUGAACUCCCGUAUUAAUUAUUUUAGUGGUGGGGGUUUUUUACAUGCAUUUAAAUGGGAGAAAUGCAUGUACCAAAAUCAUGCUAGGAUAAAAUCGGUGAAGACCUCCAACGAUUUUCUUCAAACUUUGCACACUUACUUAUUAUAUAAGUAAGCAUGUUUUAGCAAAGUUUGGUGAAAGAGCAUGCCUGGUUCGGGUGAAACAUGAAUAAAUACGCAAAAAAUCAUGCAACCCAUCAUCAUUUUAAUUAAAACUACCAAAAUGAGGGACCAAAAAGUGAAAAUAAAUAAAAAUAAUUCCCAUCCCUUGGAGUUCACUUUUGCUACCUUAUCUGAUCGUGGAUUUCGUCAUAUUUACCUGGAUUUGGAGCAGUUUUCAUCAUUCUAACCUGGACCUGGAGCCGAUUUUAUCAUUUUUAAAUACGACAUAAACGGAGAAAGUCGUGGUGCCGGUGGACUUCGGACUGUGUGAAGGGGUGCAGUGAUAGUUUGAGGUGUCCAGUUCAUUGAUCAACCAGCAUGGUGAAGUUUACAUGUGCAGUUUGUGACUCACACACAAGCGUCCGGAGAAGCAUGCGCCCAAUAUCAGAGCAACAAAUGUGGACAGUACUACCAAAUGCCAUGCUAAAAGUCGGAAAAACUGCAAGACUCGAUCAUCUCAUCUGCAGUGGUUGUCAUGGUUUCAUCAGGGGCAGAUUGAGACGAGGAUUAAAUGUAGACCUGCAAGUACGUCUGAACCAAGUGGAGACUUCCCGAUCUCGUAAUUUUCAAUCAAGACAUCAUGUGGAGGAGGGGAUACAAGACCAGAACGAUGAAGACAUGCCUAACACCAGUAGUGAUCAUGAGGUGCCACAUGAUGAAGAGUUAAGUCAAGCUAUGGUCAUCGAUGCACAGGUCCCGGAAGAUUCUUUUGAGCAAGAUGUGCGCCAAAUCCAACAGCACGACCCAGUUGUAGAGAUGCCGGGUAUUCCAUCAGCUUCGUCAAACGAGAAUCGGUGCCUUAUUUGCAAGACAUCAGUUCGGACUCGUAUCAAACGCCGAGCCAUUAUUGAAGUCUUCUUAAGACGAGGAAUCCUAAUUCCUGAAAAUAAUAGAUGCUGCAAAGACCAUCUGGAGGAUGAAAUAUUGAAACCGGAGGACAUGGAUGCAAUUGAAGUUGAAAAGCCUUAUUCGACGCUUACAGGAAAGCAAGUGGCAAAAUGGUUGACUACCUUAAGAAAACUUGCAACAGAGAAAAAAUUACCCAUUGAUUUCUCCAAAAAUUCGUCAUUCACCAACUCGGAUUACGAGAUGUUGCUAGGAGUAUCGAUGGCCAGUUUUGAAAUCCUACUCAAACAUUGCGAAGGUCCCUUAAGGAAUAGUCCAAAUCGUACUAUUCGUAGUGCAUUGGCCAUGUUUCUCAUGAAACUUCGACUCAACAUUUCUCAGAGAGUUCUUGCAUUCUUGUUUGGUAUUAAGAAUCAGUCCACUGUAUCCGAAAGCAUCUCAGCUGUCCUUGACGCCCUUAUGUCCACCUUCGUUCCACUUCACAGCGGCUACAACCACAUUACUAGAGAAGACCUCCAUGAGAAGCAUAUGAGAAGAUUCUACACAGAAAUACUAGGAGUACCGCCCGAAUCCUUGAUCCUUAUUCUCGACGGUACCUAUAUCUUCACUCAGAAGGCAUCAGACUUCAAGUUGCAACGUAGAAGCUACUCAAGUCACAAGAAGAGAAAUCUUUUCAAGCCCAUGAUGGUUGUUUGUCCAGACGGAUACAUAGUUGAAGCUACAGGCCUCUUUUAUGGAGAUUGUGGAAACAAUGAUGCGAACAUAUUGAAAAAAAUGUUGGAAGAACAUGAGUCCAUCAUGGUAAUACUAGAAGAUGGAGAUGUCCUAAUCUUAGAUCGAGGUUUUCGGGACGCGAUUGAAGAGGCAGAAAGCCAAGGAUUGUCUGUGUAUAUGCCCGAAUUGCUUAAGAAAAAUCAAUCACAAUUUACGACGUCUGAAGCUAAUCGUUCGAGGCUUGUAACUAUGCUCCGAUGGGUAGUCGAAUCUGCAAACGAAAGACUGAAGAAUAAAUUCAGGUUCUUUGAUAACACAAUUGCAGCCAGUUACUUUCCAAAGCUACCGGGAUUUCUUAAAGUUGCUGUUUCAAUUCUUAACGCCUUUUCUCCUCCACUUUUUACUGAAAGCGAUUGGAACGAGCAACUAGUUGAACUUGUCAGUUCCCGACUUGAAACAGAAAAUUCUGUCCAGAUGUUAGUAGAAGAGAAGAAUCUACAGAGGAAGAAUGCGGAUGAGGAUUGUGUACUCGAGUUCCCUCAACUGUCAAUGGAAGAAUUAAAAAAUAUUACUCUGGGCCCUUAUCAAAUAAAGAUUGGAGCGUUGUACAACAAUCAACAUGCACCAUCCGGAUCUGGGUAUGAGUUUUUCUUCCAUGAGGAAAUGGCGGAUUUAGUACGAGCGAAGUUGCAAUCUCGGUUCUGCAAGCGUGGUCACCACACCUUGUGGAUUAAGUUCAUCCCAUGGGGACGUAGACCAGAAGCAAUAGUAGGGUGGUACUGUCUCUGCAAAAAUGGAGCAAGAACGCUUGGGUGCUGUGGACAUGUAGCUGCGGUACUUCGUGGCUUCGCUACUUGGCUCUGGAUCGAUUUGUCCCGCCCGCUCACAGAAGACAGUUAGACUUACAAGGGUACAUUGACGCCACUCCAAUCCAACAAGUUCCCUCGUCGUCUCAACCUGGUCCUUCUCAACGUGCUUUAGUGGAGGAUAUCGUCCAAUUGGUAGAUGAUUCUUCCGAUGAAGAGGAGUUGUCGGAUUUCGAAGAAUUGCUUGAUAUUUAAGAGUUAUUGCCGGACAGUUUGAAUUACCCAUUCUACAGUCAUUUGUAUUAAACCAGGUUUGUCGGCUUGUGAGUUCUGUUACAUUUUUCUGUGCUCUAUUUUAUGUACGUUUGUUGUAAAAUGCUAUUUUGCAAUUUUGUCACAAUAAAACUAUAU